CAAACCGCGUCGAUUUAUAUAUAGCUGAUAACGAGUGCAACUGUGAAAUAACUGAGCUUUUCACAAACGAGUUUGCGUAGGAACUUCAUCUGUUUGGAGAGACAGGGGUAUCUGUGCGGGAGUAGACCAGAAGUUUUUGCCUUUUUAAACUGGUUGUUCUUUCCAUCGCCAUGUCCUCUGGUGAUGUGUCAGAGCAGUGUCGGCGGUUUUGCGUGUUAUCUUGGGAGCAGGUGCAACGUUUGGACUAUAUUCUUGGCGAGACGGUUCCAGUUCACGGACGUGGAAACUUCCCGACGCUUUCGGUUCAGCCGCGACAGAUUGUUCAGGUGGUUCGAGCGCGUUUGGAGGAGCGAGGCAUCACUGUUCGAGAUGUGAGGCUGAACGGCUCGGCUGCCAGUCACGUUCUGCACCAGGACACGGGGCUCGGAUACAAGGACUUGGACCUGAUAUUUGGCGUUUCGCUGUCAGAUGACCAGGCCUUCCGCGUGGUUAAGGAUGUGGUUCUCGACAGCCUGCUGGACUUCCUACCCGAGGGCAUCAGCAAGGAGAGAAUCUCAGCACUUACUUUGAAGGAGGCUUACAUACAGAAGUUGGUGAAGGUUUGCAACGACACCGACCGCUGGAGCCUCAUUUCGCUCUCCAACAACACCGGCAAGAAUGUUGAGCUUAAGUUUGUGGACUCUCUCAGGCGCCAAUUUGAGUUCAGCGUGGACUCCUUCCAGAUAGCCUUGGACUCCCUUCUUCUGUUCGACCGCUGUUCAGAGACGCCCAUGUCAGAGUGCUUUCACCCGACGGUGUUGGGCGAGAGCAUGUACGGGGACUUCGAGGAAGCUAUCGGCCAUCUUUGCAACAAGGGCAUCGCUACGAGAAACCCAGAGGAGAUCCGAGGUGGCGGGCUUUUAAAAUACUGCCACCUUUUGGUGCGCGGGUUUCGGCCGACUUCGGAAACGGAGAUGAAAUCGCUCCAGCGGUACAUGUGCUCUCGGUUCUUCAUUGACUUUCCGGACAUAGGCGAACAGCAGCGAAAGCUGGAGGCAUACCUGCAGAAUCACUUCGCUGGAAUGGAGAACAAACGCUACGACUGUCUGGUCACGUUAUACCACGUGGUCAAUGAGAGUACUGUGUGCUUGAUGGGACACGAACGCCAGCAGACAUUAAAUCUUAUUUCCAUGCUCGCACUGAGGGUGCUGGCUGAACAGAACGCCAUCCCCACAGUUACCAACGUCACAUGCUAUUACCAGCCGGCGCCGUACGUGCGAGACAUCAACUUCAGUAACUACUACAUCGCUCACGUGCAGCCGCUGGUGCACACCUGCAGUAGUUCCUAUCCGAUGUGGCUGCCCUGCAACUGACCUCUGAGUUCAGCCCUCGUAUCUUCCCAUGUGGUGACAAGAUAUGCAAAAAACUGUUUCUUUCCAAACACAAAAAUGGACGUUUAGGAGGAGCUUUUUCAAAGCAACAGCAAUUGUUUUUAUGCUAAAUGUGACAUAUAUAGAAUGACUGUUCACUGCUGUAUGUCUGAUUUGAGCCGAUCCUUACGUAUUCUGUUCUGCAGAGUGGAUGAAGAUCUUUUUCACAUGUAGCAGG